UCGCGAGGCGGGCCGGGGCAGGCCGCGUGCUUCCAGGCGCUUCCUUUACCAAGAUGGCUUCGGCGCCCCGGCCCACAGGGGCGGCCAUCUUGGUAAGGGCUGGAGAGGCAGCCUGAAGGAGGCCGCCGCCGGCCCUGCUGUCAGAUUCGAAGGUCAUAAUAAGGGAGUGACCCGGCGACGACUCGCCCCAACGAUGGCGAGGCGGCGAGCGCUGAAGCGCUGCCUGCAGCUGCUGGCGUCCUCGGCGGAGCCAGCGCGGCGAGCUCGGAUUAGGAAGAACCCGAGCGCCUGCCGCGGUCGCCCCUCCCGCUACGCGGCGGCGCUUUGCGCGGGGACUUUGUGGCCGGAAGCCGCGGAACUGAGGCGGCGCGCGCUCCCGGCCACCCCAAGCGCGAGUUCCUCACCGAAGGACAUGGAUGAAAAUGAAAGCAACCAGUCUCUGAUGACAAGCAGCCAAUAUCCUAAAGAAGCAGUAAGAAAACGUCAAAAUUCAGCACGGAAUUCCGGAGGAAGUGAUUCUUCUAGGUUUUCUAGGAAAAGCUUCAAACUGGAUUAUAGACUAGAAGAAGAUGUAACUAAAUCCAAGAAAGGAAAAGAUGGGAGAUUUGUGAAUCCGUGGCCAACAUGGAAAAACCCCUCUAUUCCAAAUGUUCUCAGAUGGCUGAUAAUGGAGAAAGAUCACAGCAGUGUUCCAAGUUCUAAAGAGGAACUAGACAAAGAACUCCCAGUGCUUAAGCCAUAUUUUAUCACUAACCCUGAAGAAGCUGGAGUGAGGGAAGCUGGCUUAAGAGUCACAUGGCUGGGACAUGCCACGGUAAUGGUGGAAAUGGAUGAGCUCAUAUUUCUCACGGAUCCCAUCUUUAGCUCUCGUGCUUCACCAUCGCAGUACAUGGGUCCAAAGCGAUUUCGUCGUUCCCCGUGCACAAUAAGUGAACUCCCUCCAAUAGAUGCGGUCCUUAUCAGUCACAACCACUAUGACCAUCUGGACUACAAUUCUGUCAUUGCUUUGAAUGAGCGAUUUGGUAAUGAGUUGAGAUGGUUUGUGCCUUUGGGUCUCCUUGACUGGAUGCAAAAAUGUGGCUGUGAGAAUGUGAUUGAGUUGGACUGGUGGGAGGAGAAUUGUGUCCCCGGACAUGAUAAGGUCACCUUUGUCUUUACACCUUCCCAGCACUGGUGUAAAAGGACUCUAAUGGAUGACAACAAGGUGCUAUGGGGCAGCUGGUCUGUCUUGGGGCCUUGGAAUCGAUUUUUUUUCGCAGGAGAUACUGGUUAUUGCCCUGCUUUUGAAGAGAUAGGAAAAAGAUUUGGACCUUUUGACCUUGCAGCUAUUCCCAUCGGAGCUUAUGAACCAAGGUGGUUUAUGAAAUACCAGCAUGUAGACCCAGAAGAAGCUGUAAGGAUUCACAUUGAUGUCCAAACAAAGAAAUCUAUGGCAAUUCACUGGGGAACUUUUGCCUUAGCAAAUGAGCAUUACUUAGAGCCUCCAGUGAAGCUGAAUGAAGCUCUAGAGAGAUACGGACUUAACGCUGAAGAUUUUUUUGUCUUGAAGCAUGGAGAAUCAAGAUACCUAAAUAAUGAUGAUGAAAACUUUUAAUAAAUGUGAGCACAGGCACUUUUAAUGAAAAAGGCAUCAUUUAAGUUUAAAAACAAAUGAAAAGACUUAGAAAUUCAUGAAUAUUGUGAUUAUUUUACAUUUGGAAACAACUUCUGCAAGUUUAUGUUUUAUGUUUUGUGUAAUAACUUGCUUCCUAGUAUGAUCAGCUCAUGUACACUAUGAGAGGGUUCAGGGGUGGGUCAUUUAAAUAAUGAAUUGGCUAAUGUGGAUUUUAAAUUUCAUAUCAUGAUAUAAGCACUGCAAUGGAAAUGCUGUUACUAAAACAUUAUAUUUUUGUGGUACUAGAAUUUCCUGAGGUGAAAAACUGAUAUUGAAGAUUCAUUUUUCUUUUUUCCAUUCUUCAGGACCUUCGGCAAGGUGAGUCAAGGCUCUCUGCCUACCUAGAUGUUUUUCAGAGGCCAACAAAUACAAGUAUCUUUCUUAUAUGCACAUUAUAAUAAAUGAUGAAAUUCAGUCCAACAUUGCUUAUUAUAAAUAUAGCAAUUCUUGCUCUAUCAAAUUAGCUUGUAUGCCAAAUAUUAAAUAUGGUUUAUUUAGGUAAGCAUAAAAACAUAGGGGCUAUCAUUUUUAAAGACUUGAUUUUCUCUAUUGUGGUAAAAUAUAUAAAUACAUAUUUGCCAUUUUAAACAUUUACCAUUUUAACCAUUUUUAAGUGUACAGUUCUUUCGCAUUAAUGCACCCAUGACUACCAUUCACUUAAAUUUUUAAAAGCACAGUAUAUUCUUUUUUUCCUAGAGCCUUCAGAUGAGAGGGAACAGUAUAUUCUAUUGCACGUCUACAGUUCCCAAAAGACCUCUUACUUUGGGAGGCCAAGGUGGGUGGAUCACUUGAACCCAGGAGUUUGACAUGAACCUGGGCAACAUGGUGACCUCCCGUCUCUCUCGGAAAAAAAAAAGAAAAAAGAAAAAGCCGGGUGAGGUGGUGUGUACCUGUAGUCACAGGUACUUGGGAGGCUGAGGUGGGAGGAUCACUUGAGCCCAGGAGAUAGAGGCUGCAGUGAGCUGUGAUCGUACCACUGCACUCCAGCCUGGGCGACAAAAUGAGACCCUGUCUCAAAGGAAAGCCCUCUCCUUAGCUGAGCAGAGGAAGGGAAGGAGUGUGGCUAUGAGAAUAUGAUUUAUGCCAUUUUCUGUUUUUAAAUCUAGAAGAUCUUCUAAGCACAAAUAUAGCUACAAUGAAAUAUUUUACAGACAAAAUGUUAAUAGACCAUAUUCUUUGAAUUAAAUGUUUUUAAUUUUCUCUACACAUUUUUUUUUUCCUGGAGUCUCUUAGCUCUAAAUAUAUCAAUCAGAUUUAUAAUUUUUUUUACCUGAUUCAGAUGUCUUACAUUUUUAUAUUAAAUGAACCUUAAGCAUGAUUCUUUUGGUAAGCCAGUAUGAAUGCCAGUGGUUGUUGGGGGGGGGGAGUCAGUUGACAUAAGAUUUAGUCCUAAUAAGGACUCUGUAUUCACUUGAUUAUUCUGACCCUUCCUAAGGGAGGGAGUUGGAUUUACAUACCACUGGAGGCCCAUUCUGUAUUCCUAAUCCAGUCUCAGCACUUUAUUCAUACAAAAUAAUCAAAAUAGGUUUGCUACACCAAAUGCUACCCAGGCAGUGCUCUAUAAUUUAUUUGCGCACGUGUAUGUGUGGUGCCACGUUAGCCACUAAAUCUGAACUUUUACCCUGCUUUCAUCAUGGAUUUUUUUGUGUAACCUGAAACAAGUCACCAAUGCUCACUGUGCCUGUUUCCUCAUUUGCAACAAGAGGAUAAUUCCGACCUACCUCUGAAAAAUGUGUAGAAUAAAUGAGUUUUUAAAGCACUUUAGAAAAUAUAAGGGAGAAAAUGAUUUCUUAAGAUAUCACUGCCUAAUAUAGACAGGUAUAUUUGAAAGCUAAAUACAGGUUAAUGCUUUUGAUAAUGUAUUGUUCCUGUUGCAAAUUUAAGCAUUAUACGUUAGGAGACUAAACACUGAAAACUUUCACUGAUUUUUAAAUUGGAGUAAUAGCCUAAAUAAGUGUAAAUAAUCUUUAUCAAAAUUUAGUGUUUAUCUACAAAGAUGCGAAUCAGUCAAGGGGAAAUGUGUAUGCAAUGUGUGUGUAUAUGAUGUAUGCGAACAUAUGUGAUUUUGGGGUACUAAAGCACAAAAAAAUCCCCCAUAAAAUAAACCUUCCUGAAAAGACUGAUCAUAAACUUUUUCACUCCAAGCAGAUGUGAAUCAAGAUGUUAGGUUUAUGGUGAGUUAGCUUUGAGGUGUGUUGCCCUAAUACUAGCCAGCGUUGUUGUAGCCAUAUUCCCUGCUGCUGCACGCCGAUUGAAAAUCCAUCUCUUACCUCUUCUCUGUGAAGCAAGCCAGGUAUGUCUUGCUUAAGUAUUUCUUCUCCAUGAAUGGCCUUAACAUUAUUUUGUAUUCACGUGUACUGUUUAACUGAGGGUCUCGAAGCACUUUAAACUGUUGUGUUCUAUUUCCACUCGUCUGGCCUGCCUCAUUUUUCUAGGCCCUUUUGUAAGCUGUAAUUUUUUAUUACCACUCACGUUCUUUCUACACUGACACUAUUCAUUAAGAACAUCAAGCUUCAUCUCUGCUUACAGAAUCUCACCUUAUUGAGUGGGUUCCACUUUAUUUUUCAUUUGUUAUCUACAUUUUGAAGGGUUUAUGUGCAAAGUGAAAACAAAUUUUGAAAAAUAAGACAAAUCCAUUCUCUUCUUCAAUUCAGUCUAAUAUGCAUUAUAGUGUCUUUUAAUCAGUCUUAUCCUCUAAGUCAACUUCAUUUUCCUCUUUGUGAAUACCCAUAGCAAUAUGUAAGAUUUUAUUGAAGUUUCCUGUGAUAACUGAGGAACACUUUGCUAUGCCUCACUGCCCAAUAGGGUGGGUCAUCAAUUAGGAGAAAUCCCAAAUUAUAAAAGCCAACAUAUGCUGUGACCUACAUAGGAAAAGAUGUAUUUGUGCAUCUUCUUUCUGGGUAGUUAAAAAUUAUUCCCUCUUUUCUCUAGCAUUUUGACAUUUCAGACUCAAUGCUCUGAUCUCUAGGGAGUGUGAUUAUUCAAACUAAUGAGAGAGGACAAGAAGACACAGUUUUAGAAUCUACUGCUGCUAAAGCACAUUAAAAACAAAUCCUGGUUUUUAAUGUAUGCAUAGUUUCAUAUUUAAUGAAUAUGCUUUCAUUAAAUAGGGAGGUAGAUUUGAAAAAACUGUUAUAAAGAAAUGUGCCUUUUGGGGAAUGAAUACUUUUGUUCAUGUCUAGCCCACUGGGAAUUUUGUUUUCACCUUAUACUGAGUCCUUUUUCUAAUGUAAAAAUAUUUCUUCCAAGUUUGAUUUCUGUAUCAGGGUAACAUUGAGAACACACAUAUUUCUGUUUGAGGACUUGUGACUUCCUAUGGAAACAGUCUUGCAUCUAUGUAUUUACAAAUGAAAUUUAAAGUAUUCUUAAAGCUUUGCCUUAAAUACUACUUGCAUACUGAUUUACUUAAUGCUAAGCAUGGCAGGGGUUAUAAAUUUAAAUAUUAUAAGACCUGGCUGAAUCCCAGAUGUAUCAAUAAAUUGUUAUAGUAGCUUAUGGAAUAAAAAUGCUAUUAAAGAUAACAAAUUUUCAUACAUUGUAUUUUUAGUCAAGUAAAAUAUGGAUGAAAAUUAAUAAAGUACUGUCAAGGGAAAAAA